AGGCGCGUUCACGCCACUCGACAGUUCUAGUACACUCUAGUUUUGGUACAGUUCCCUGAAUAAUGCUGUGGACCGUCGAUUAUUGCCACCGAAACUGCCGAAACGUCAGACUAUUGAAUGUUCGUAGCGCUGCAAGUGCUAAGUAGCUUGCCUUUGCAACACCCUGGUUUUGAAUUUUUCCACGCCACAACGGUCGACGGCCGUCCGUGGUGCAUCGACGCUGUCGUCUCUCCAUUCGCCGUAUGGCGGGAGCACACGAAUGUCGGCGAUCCUACCGUUACGCCCGGCACUCGCUACAACAGCGUGAAUACCAUCGAGCUGCCGUUGUGGUGUGUGCCUUACGUUUCGUUACAUGGUUCUCGCAGCACUGACCGCAGACAUGGACGACGGCGGGGCGCCGCUGCACUGUCGCAGCACCCUGUACCUCGACGUGACGCUGGAAGAAGUCAACAGAGGCUUCGAACGGCUGGUUUCCGCCUCGGGCGCAGAGGAACGGCUGGCGCAAGAAAUCGCGCGUCACUUCAGGUCUCGAUUCCGCGACCUCGUCUACGGCAACGUUGUCGUCGACGAACGAGGUCCGACGGGCAGCCUGACGCUCGAGGAACUGCUGGAGGACAAACUGCGUGAGGUCGCCCACCUGCGCUCCACGGUGCCGGCCGAGGUGCGACGCAAACACGAACGGGCCCUGGCGAAGGCAUGCGGCCGCCCUCCCGACAAUGAAAAAACGGACCCCAAGGGAUAGAGACGGCAGCGACGAACUUGGUUUGCGUCGCCGCAAUGUAAACGAGUCCGCCCUUGUGGACCGACGAAGAUCUUGGCCGGUGCUGUGGUGCGCGCGUCUACUCGACGCGUACUUGCAACGUGCGGUUGGGUGCUAUGACGCUAGGGUUGUCGCGGUGUUUGUGCGUGUUGACCCCAUUUUGAAGUGAAAGCGAGUGAGUUACUCUUGCAAGCGGGCUCUCGUAGAGGCACGGCCUGCGAGUCAUCCGCCUGUGCGAAGAAGGCCUCCAUAGCCGCCUCUUCGCCUCACUGGCUCUUCAAACCGUGCGAGAAGCAGCGUCGAACAGAAGCUCACUAUUCGAGCUUGUAUAUCUUUCUCGUACUUUUUUUUAUACCACAAUGAAAUAGGGUGCGAGCGUACACAUUUUCCUUUCCUUAGUCGCAAUUGCUUGUGACAUCAGUGUUCUAUGAAUGAACAAAAGAAGGGGAAUUUUAAGGGCUCGUUUGUCUUUGCUAGCCACAACGAUAAUCAGAACUAACAGAGAAGAAAGCCAAGCAAAAUAUAGGGGUUUCUUGUGUGUUAUAAUUAAUGAUGUGUCUAGCAAAGAAAAAUGAGCCCUUAAAUUCCCCCUUCUUUCGUUCAUUCACAGCGGGGGCCUCGUUCUGGCAGACUGGAUGUCUUCAGGUAGAAUGCGAGGAAUUAUGGGUCAGCUGCCAGCUUGUAAACAUAUCACGUGCUUCGUGACGCCAGCAGGCAGAAAAAGAGUGUUCCAGACUCGCCGUCAUAUCUACUAGUGGCGCUGACUAGCACUCCUACGUUUAAAUGCAGAUAUAUAUACCCCACAAAGUGGACGGGAGGAUGACCACCGUCGUAGCUUUGUGGGAGAGCAUCAGACGCAUUAUUCGAAGGUCGCAGUUGGCAAGUCAUCUUAUCAUCCAGUUUACUUUCUUCACAUUUACAUCAUAAUUACUACAAAUAACAUCCCCUAUACUUUCCUUGGCUUUCUUGUCUGUUAGUUCUAAUUAGUGUUCUAUAACGUUGUACAAUUUGAAGUUUCCGCUUGUUGUGCCAUUGUGCUGCAAGAAAUUGGAUAUGUGCAACUCUGGGCACAACCUGCAUGACCUUGGUGCCUGGAAUAGGUUCCUGUUAAAUAUUCUUUAUUUAUUCGUACAUAAACCCCUGCACCACCAAGGCAUUCUUGGUGGCGGUGCGGGCAAAUUGUGGGACAGCACCUCCACAUUCUUGCGGCACACCGCAUCUGUACGUAGCAAUUAUCAAGUGACAGGGGUUCUGGAGAAAAACAAGAGCAUUUGAAAAUGUCCAACCUUAAAGGGUUCCUGAUCCACUUUUCUAAGUAUUCAUCGAAUAACCUCAGUAUCAGAGUUUAUUGCCUCACGAAUCAGUUGCCACAAAAAUUUCUCAAAUCCGUCAAGAACAAGCGGAGUUACAGGGAUUUAUUGCACACUCUCGGCGCUUUCUUUCUUCUCUCUUCCCGGUGAGUGCUCUUAAAGCUACUCAGAGAGGUUUGGCAUGGGAGAAAGGAGUUCGUUACACAGAGUGCAGCACCGGCACGUGGCGACACCCCGUGCCAAGAGGUGUAUCUGAUGCAAACGCCGCUCUUGAUUUAUGCCAACUAUUGGCCAAUAGCAAGAUAUCCGUUGAACAAAGCCGUCUUAAUGACUGCUUUUUUUGCCCUUCUUCGUAUCAUUACGUUGUACUGAUGCGAAAAUAAACUCCAUUGUCAGUGUCAACGACAUCGAACCGCAGGUGCCAGCAACACCGAAGUGAGUGAGCACAGCCCUCUGUAUGAAAAGAGGGUGCCUGAGAAAACGGCAACAUUGUGCUCUACCUGUACACUCUCUUUGCCACGCGUGACUGCAAAAUUUGGCUGAGCUGUUCAAGUGCCUGCUUUCUGCAGGAUGUGUUUUCUCACCAGUCACGAGGGGUGGUUCAUGUUGUAGGUGAAACAGCACAAGGACCAGGACAGAACAUACACACACCCACACGUAGCACUACGUGUGGUUGUGUGUGUGCCUUUUCUGUCCUGGUCCUUGCGCUGUUUCACCUACGAUACGAUCAACCAAGUAGCCGACAAGUUCACCCUUCAAGGUGGUUCAUGACCCUUUUUAAGGGGAUACCGACACCAGUUUUCAAAGCUGAGUUUACUCUGCCAUACAGAUCUCCUGUAUACAGACAUGGCUCUGAGCAUGUGUGAAGCCCAGUAAAUGCUGAUAAGAUAUAUUAUCUUGACAUUAAGGUUAACUUUUGCUGGCGCAUCUGGUGACAUCGGCACUAGCGUGAUGUCAGGCUACAGUAUUAACUACGCUGACUUGAGACAUGACAGAAUGGGGCACAAAAAGGUGAUGGACCAGGCAAGGAAACAAACGGGACGAGCGGCAGCAGUUGUCCCGUUUGUUCAUUUGCCUGGCCCUUCGUCUUUUGUGCGCUUUUCGUUAUGUCUCAAGUCAGCCAUUGCCAACUAGCCCGACUCUCUACCCUCAGUUAUGGUGACUUCACGCACCAGUAUGCCUAGUUGUGAUGAUGUCACGCACCAAAACACACAAAAUGAGCACUCGUGCAUCAACAAUGGAACCAUGGAGCUGAGCAGCCAUGGAAACUUCACGAUAUGUUGCGCAAGCAUGUGACUAGAAGGUGCUAGUACUGUGGCUCGACGUCAGGGUACAGUAGGAACCGAAACUAGCUUCUCAAAAAAUGUCGUUAAUUUUACAGGGUGCACCAGUACAUUUUUGAGGCUCUUAAGAGC